GACCUACUACAGGACCUUGCUCCUUCUCGACCUCCUCCUCGCUCUUCUUUUUGUCUCCUCCCAUGUCUCAGCUCGAUUCCUCGGGGAAGAACGAAGUGAUGGAGAGAGUGACGGUCAUGUAUACGACCCCUAUAGUCAGGAACAGUACUUAUAUGGUAAUGGACACAAUGUUCAUGACCACGGUUACCAUAGCCAUGGCACUGAUGUUGAUAUUUUGGAUGAUCACAUUGGACACCAUGUCGGAGGAUCUGGUGGAGACCACAUUUAUGAUGAAGGUCACCAUGGCCAAAAUGUUGAUGUUGAUGGCUUGGAUGAUCGCUAUGGACGCCCUAUUGAAACACAUGGUGUACACCACAUCCAUGAUCACGAGCAGGUUGACCACGGCCGCCAUGGCGAUGACGCUAAUAUUGAUGGCUUGGAUGAACAGCAUGGACACCACAUCGAUGGACAUGGUGGACACCAUGGCCCCAACGACGGCAAGGACUUAAACGGCCCCCACGGCCCCCACGGCCCGCACGAACCCCACGGACCCCACGGCCCGCACG